GAAUGCGCCUUUUUCAGCGAGAUUUAUAAUUAGAGUUUCGAAUUUGCGGACAAAUGUUCAGUUCACAGUUCUGCAUAGUAUAAAAUUGAUGUCUUCGAAAACGUGACUUGUACACGUGAAGAAAAAUUAUCCGCAUUUCAAUUUAAAUUAGUUAUUUCACAGUUCAUUAAUUUAUCUUUCCAAUAGGCCGCAUCUAAUUAGCACCAUGAGUGAAAUGCAGAAGCAGAAAUCUCCGAUGAAAUCGUUGGGAAAACAGUUCGUGCUGAAAAGAGGAGGCCGAAAAGAAGACAUACAUUUCGACAAGAUAACAUCCCGCAUCGAAACGUUAUGCUAUGGCUUGAAUUUGGAAUUCGUAGAUCCGGUUGAAAUUACCAAAAAAGUAAUCAGUGGAUUAUUUCCUGGAGUUACUACAGUUGAACUGGAUAAUUUAGCCGCUGAAAUCGCUGCAUCUAUGACCACAGUCCAUCCUGAUUAUGCGAUAUUGGCUGCUCGAAUUGCUGUCUCUAAUUUACAUAAAGAAACGAAGGAAAAAUUCACCGAUGUUGUUAAUGAUCUGUAUAACAUGGUUGCUGAGAAAACCGGUAUUAGAACUCCGAUGAUAUCAGAUAAGCAUUACGAUAUCAUUAUGAAACACGGUGAUAAACUCAAUUCGGCUAUUAAAUACGAUCGUGAUUACAACUACAGCUAUUUUGGAUUUAAAACCUUGGAGAAAUCCUAUUUAUUAAAAAUCAAAGAUCGUGUUGUCGAACGACCGCAACACAUGUUGAUGAGAGUCUCUGUCGGUAUUCAUGGCGAAGAUAUCGACUCAGCGAUUGAAACUUAUAAUUUGAUGUCUUUAAAAUAUUUCACGCAUGCUUCCCCUACUUUAUUUAAUGCGGGAACUCCUCGAGCUCAACUAUCUAGUUGUUUCCUCGUCGCCAUGGAAGACGACAGUAUCGAAGGUAUAUUUCACACGUUGACGAAUUGUGCUCUAAUAUCUAAAUCAGCAGGUGGAGUUGGAUUACACAUACAUUGUAUUAGAGCUACCAAUAGCUACAUCGCUGGGACAAACGGUGUGUCUAAUGGUCUCGUACCUAUGUUACGUGUGUACAAUAACACCGCCAGAUACGUCGAUCAAGGAGGAAACAAAAGACCCGGUGCUUUUGCCAUCUACUUGGAACCUUGGCAUGCGGAUAUUUUCGAUUUCUUAGAAUUGAGAAAAAAUUCUGGUAAAGAAGAGUCUCGUGCUAGGGAUUUAUUUUACGCGUUAUGGAUUCCCGAUGAGUUUAUGCGAAGGGUUGAAAAUAACGAGAAAUGGAGUCUUAUGUGCCCUAGCGAAUGUCCUGGAUUGUUCGAUUGUUGGGGUGAGAAAUUCGAUAAGCUGUAUCGAAAGUAUGAAGAUGAGAAACGCUUCUCUCGUCAAGUUGAUGCCAGAACCUUGUGGUUUGCUAUACUAGAUUCUCAAAUAGAAACAGGAACGCCUUACAUGUUGUAUAAAGACGCCUGUAAUCGUAAAUCAAAUCAACAGAAUCUUGGGACGAUCAAAAGUAGCAAUUUAUGUACCGAAAUUGUAGAAUAUUCCGCACCCGACGAAGUAGCGGUUUGUAAUUUAGCUUCGAUAGCUGUCAACAUGUUUCUCAAACCAGACUUGACUUACGAUUUCGAACAACUAAAAGAAAUCACGAAAACCGUCACCAAGAAUCUAAAUAAAGUCAUCGAAGUUACCUAUUAUCCAUUACCUCAAGCUGAAAAAUCGAAUCUCAGACAUAGACCGAUUGGAAUAGGUAUUCAAGGAUUAGCCGACCUAUUUAUUCAGAUGAGACUUCCUUUCGAAAGCGAAAAAUCUCAGUUACUCAAUGUACAGAUUUUUGAAACCAUUUACUAUGGUGCUUUAGAAGCCAGUUGCGAACUUGCCCAAAAAUUCGGACCUUAUGAAACCUACAAAGGAUCACCAGUCAGCAAAGGGAUUUUACAAUACGAUAUGUGGAACGUGAAACCAACGUCGUUGUGGAACUGGUCCGUAUUAAAAGAAAACAUUGCCAAGUUCGGUGUACGAAAUUCGCUCUUAUUGGCUCCAAUGCCGACGGCAUCUACUGCUCAGAUUUUAGGAAAUAAUGAAAGUUUUGAACCCUAUACUUCGAAUAUGUACCUUCGACGUGUACUAAGCGGCGAAUUCCAGGUUGUGAAUCAUCACUUAUUGAAAGACUUAGUUGAUCAAGGAUUAUGGGAUGAAGAUAUGAAGAACGAAUUACUAAUGAGGAGCGGAUCAAUUCAGGAUAUCGAAAGAAUACCUCAAGACUUGAAAGAUCUCUACAAAACAGUAUGGGAAAUCAAACAGAAGACUAUUCUGAAAAUGGCUGCCGAUAGAGGAGCGUUUAUCGAUCAAUCUCAAAGUCUAAAUAUCCAUAUAGCUGAUCCAACUUACGCGACUCUUUCAUCGAUGCAUUUCUAUGGAUGGAAAUUGGGUCUGAAAACCGGCAUGUAUUAUUUGAGAACGAAACCAGCCGCCGAUGCUAUAAAAUUCACGGUUGAUAAGAAGAAAGCUACUAAAUCAUCUCAAACUAGUACAGUUCAAGAUAAAGGAAAUGGCCAAGUCGAUGAAGAUGAAUUAAGCGAUGAAUUCGCCAAUAAAAUGAUAUGCUCGUUGAAGAAUAAAGAAGAUUGCUUAUCCUGCGGAUCUUGAACAAAAAUUCAGUCAAUUUUAUUUUAUAAUUUAUUCGUAUUACCCACUUAUUUGUAUUUUUUUGUUUUUCACUGUGUUUUUUUUUCAUGUCCGUGGUAUUUUAACAUUUUCAUUUUUUUAAAACCGCAGAAAAAUCAAUUAAUUGAAUGAUUUUUCAGUGAUUAAAAUAAUCACGAUGAAAAAUUGCGGAAAUCAUCGUUGAUGGUGAUGGAAUGUUAUUUGAUAUUUAUUUUGUAUAAGAUGAUUCGCCUGUGGUUUGCAUUUUUUUUUUGUUCAUUUGUGCAUUUUGUGUUGCAUUAAAUCAUUACCUAAUUAAACUACAUAA